ACUUCCCAGCCCUAACUACCCCUGCUUUCCGCUCCCCUGUAAGAACUACGACAUCAAUUUCUCUCUCGAUCGGAAACAAUGGCGUCCGCUACAUUCCUCCCCUUCCUCCUCUUGAUUAUUUCUUCUCACAUUUUCGUCGUAUUCUCUGAAGAUCGCGACUGGAUCGUGGUCGGUCAUCAGGCCGGCCAACUUCCGCCCUGCAUACAGAAGAUUCUUCCCUGUCAACCGUUCAUCAAGCCGCCGUCCAAUCCGUCGCCGGCGUGCUGUGUGCCGCUGAAGGAGAUGCUGGCCGACGAUCCCAACUGUCUCUGCUCCUUCUUCGAUAACGCGCAGCUGUUGAAGGGCCUCAAUGUCACUCAGAGCGACGCCUUGAAGCUUCCCGCUGCCUGCGGCGGCAAGGCUGAUACUUCCAAGUGCGCCGAUGCGGGGGCGAGCCCACCAACUGCAUCAACGGAUGCUCCUCCUCGUCCUUAUCCUCCUCCUCCUCCUCCUCCAGUCCCUACAACUUCCAAUGAUUCUUCGAGUUCCAGCAAACCUAACAGCUCAACCAAGAAGAAUCCAGCGUAUGGGUUGGCAGCUGCUUCUUCCUCAUUUGUGGGUUUACUGCUAGUUUCAUCAUUUCUGUAGGCCGUUUUCCUGUUCAUCAUUUUAGUCCAUUCUAUCUUUUAUCCUUAUCCUUAGAGCCAAUAACAUCGUAACUUUUUCAUUGUUGCUUUCGUUUUUAUGGAGAAGCUGCAGCAUGAAUGUUUAUUUUGCCUUUGUGGGAAUCAUGAAUAAUGAAGAGGAAUGGGUUGAAAAACAUGAGAAUUUGCUAGCUUAGCGCAUGCAAAAUAGGGGGUUGGUUGUUUGUUUUAGUUUUGGAUUUUCCUACACUUACCACCAUUUGCAAUUGAGCUGAGAUUCCUUUCCUCUGCC